GGUGCCGUCAUCGAGGCCGGGGACAAGGACCUGGACACCAUCUUGUCAGAAACAGAAGAAUCAUCAACAGUCAUUGUCGACUUUUACGCCGAUUGGUGCGGCCCCUGCCGCGUUCUCGCCCCCAUUCUCGCUCAGGCCGUCAAGGAAAACGGAAAGACCUUCCUCGUCAAGGUCAACGUUGACGUUCACGAAGAAACUGCUGCCAAGUAUCAGAUCGCCUCCCUCCCCACCGUCGCCGCUUUCCGCAAUGGCAAGAUUGUUGGAACCUUCAUCGGUAGCCGCGACAAGAACUUUGUGGGCAAGUUCAUU